AUGUUUGCGUUCUUGACAGCGCAAAGCGGCGAGAAGCAACUCGCAGACUUUAGCAGCGGGGAUGUCGGUGAUCAAGUCUGUAGUCGUGUCUUCUGCUGCGCCCGUAAAUGCGGAAUCAGCCACGACAGUUUGCCAUCGGUAGCCGAGCUGACGGUAUUGGAAUUCAUUAAGAAGGUUAUGUUCCGGAAAUUCAACGCGCCCGAGAACGGCCCUCGGCCAUUAACGUACAACAAAGGCUGUCGGCUGAUCGAUGUCGACAUAACACAGCACGGCGUCAAAACGCGCGGCCAUCUGUGGAAACUAGGGCGCGUUGUUGAUACCGCAGAUUUUCCACCAGAAUUGCCAUGGAUUGAGAAAGCUAAAGGAAAUCUCAACCUGCAUGAACGGAAAGCCCUGCUGCAGCUCGCCAUCUUUCUAGAAGAUACAGACGAUUUUCUGGCCCACCAGAUCUACGAUUACUUAGAUUACGACGCCGCCUCUGUUGGGAAACGUUGGGUAACCUUUACCGAGAAGCAUCUCUAUGACAUGGCUGCAGAGCUGGCUGCAGGGAUUCUAGCACGUCGGGAGCUGAUGCUAGGUAAACUGUGGAACAGCCCGUGGCACUCGUUCUACCGUGCAGUUUUUGUUCUUCAAGAAAUGGAAUGCAAUGGGCCAUCGCCGCCACCUUCCUUUGCCUUCACAUCGGUGAUGCAGGGACAAAUCGGUUCACAGCACCAUGACGCUAACGAUCUCGACUACAACGCCUCUCUUGCAGUCGAUAUUCAAGGUUCAGCGGGCGGCGAACCGCGCCUCCGUGUACAAAACUAG